AUGGUUUUGGAGGAUUUUGAUAUGGAAGAAGAUAGCUUACCCGAUUUGGAAUUGAGUUAUCUACCUACUGAGUUGAUCAAUACAUCAACUUGUCCACCUGUGAUCAUUGCAAAUGAUCGACAGCUUCAGAAUUUUGUUGGUUUUGUUCAAAAGUGUUUUUCUACUCGAUUGUGUGUAACAUCUAAAGCCAAAGUUGAGAAUCUGAAUGAACCAGACUUUGAUCUUAACAAGUCGCCAGCUGAUUCAAGUACUGCUCAAGAGGAGGGAAACUCGGUUGAUAGGGGGAACGAACCAACUCAUGUGUUUGUUGAGAGGCAGUGCGAGAAAAACAAAGAAAAGAUUAGCAGAGUCGAAGUUGAUGAGGAUGCCUAUCAUGCUGAUACCAUGAUCUCGGCCAAAGAGGACAUACAUAAGAUGUCAAAGUUUUCUGUGCUCAAUAUUGUUAAGAAGGGACAAUUGUUUGAGAACAAAACUUUGCUGAAAGCGACUUUCGAGAUAUGUGCAAUGAAGCAUAACUUUCACUACGAGGUUAUCAAAACGGAUAGACAGCUUUGGUAUGUUAGAUGUGAGGAUAAUGCAUGCAAUUGGUGUGUUCGAGCAGAGUGUUUGAAGGAUUCUGCAUAUUUCAUUAUCAAAAAGAUAAGCAAAACCAAAUCGGGUAGGACUGCUUCGGCCAAAACUAUAGGUAGUCUGAUUAUGCAUAGGUAUGAAGGGGUUAAGGAAGGGCCGAAAUGCAAUGAUAUAAUACAGAUUAUGCUUAUGGAUCAUGGCUGUGAGAUCACGAAAUCUUUAGCAUGGGAUGCUCGUGAAUAUGCGGUUAAUGCUGUUGGAGGUAUACCAGAGAGAAGUUAUGGAACAAUACCGAAAUACUUGCACAUGCUGAGAGAGGCUAAUCCGGGUACACAUUCAUCGUAUGAGAUUGACAGCAAAGGGAGAUUUCGGUACCUGUUUAUUGCAUUUGGGCAAUCGAUACGAGAAUUUAACAGAGUCAUAAGGAGGGUUAUUGUGGUUGAUGGCACUUUUCUGAAGAACAAAUACAAAGGAGUUCUAUUGGUUGCAACUGCUGUAGAUGGAAAUUCUAAUUUGUAUCCUCUUGCAUUCGGAGUAGUUGACUCAGAGAAUGAAAAUUCUUGGGAAUGGUUUAUGAGACAACUAAAUAUUGUCAUUGCUGAUGAUCAUCAUUUGGCUUUCAUUUCGGACAGACAUGCAGCCAUUGCUAAGGCACUUGAGACUGUGUAUCCAACAGCUAAACAUGGUAUUUGCAUUCAUCAUUUGUUGAAUAAUGUGGUAACAUAUUACCAUGGGAAAUGA